GUCCUCACUUCAAUCCCUACGAGCUCAUUAUUAUAAAAAAAAAACCCUAAAACAAACAAAACUCGUCACCUCCGUCCAGAAGAGAAUCAAAUCAACAACGCUGCUGGGAACGGUAAUUCACAAACUCCGUCCAGAAGAAAAAAGUCAUGGCAAUGAACCAUGUGAGGUCUGUUAGAAGCAUUCUAUGCACCAAAGAUGCAGUUACGGUUGCAUGCCAGCGAACUUUUGCUACUGGGAAAGCAAAGAAAGGAGGUAAAGGCGGUGCAGCUGCUGAUGGACCUAAAGCAUCCUCUCUCAGCAAAGAAGUUAAGGCAAGUACCGUUGUAGGUGGCAACAUUCUCAAGGAAGGUACCGAUCCAAAAAUCUUGCCUGACUCUGAAUACCCUGACUGGUUGUGGCAUCUCCUUGAUAAACGUCCUGCACUAAGUGAGUUACGUAGGAAGGAUAUUGGUACACUCCCUUAUGAAGAUCUAAAACGAUAUGUUAAGCUGGAUAAUCGUGCAAGGAUCAAGGAGAAUAACUCUCUCAAGGCUAAGAACUAAUUCAAUUUCAAAUAGAGAACUUGAGUUCGGUAGUUUAAAGAUCAAACAGUGUCUGAGGUAUUUCUUUUUCAAGUUUUUGUGCUUCUCUGUUUUGUGAGAUUCCUUUGAUUAAUAGAUUUCAAGCAAAUAUUUGCUUGAUUUAGCAAUUGUGUUUUUUACCGCUACUACUGUUCAGUUUGUUUUAUGCUGGAAUGUUUAGUAGAUUAAAGCCGAUUAUCUUUGUUGGUUAAAUAGAAUAUUGUCACUAUUUUCAUUUUUGUGAUUUGAUUAGACAUGUAUUACUGUUAGUUAAAGAUGAUUCUUAUAUAAACUAAGGAGUUUCCUUCCCCUCUAGUUUUGUUGACAACCAAAUGGCAGUUGUAAAAGUCCAUUUGCUUCCAUUCAAGGAUCAAUUAUGGACCUGAAUAUUUGGAUAAA